GAGGUCCAGAACAACCAGAGGUGGAGACAGGAGAGAAGCAGAAAGCACGACCACUUCUGACCGGUCUGUCUGUCCCUGGUGGGUCUAAGAAACUAGAAUGAACCGAAGCAAUCCUGUGGAGGUUGAUGAAUCAGAACCAUACCCAAUUCAUUUGCUGAAGCCAUUCCCAGAAUGUUCUCUGGAAGAGGAAUCAGAGCCACCUGCUCCAAAUAUCAGAAACAUGGCACCCAACAGCUUGUCUGCACCAAACCCCCCUCACUGUGCCUCAGGAGACUUUUCUCAGGCUCACCCUCCCCUGAAACUUGCAAAUCACCACCGACCUGUGUCUCAGCAGGUCACCUGCUUACGCACUAAAGUCCUGGAGGAGAGUGAAGACAGUUUCUUCAGGAGGCACCCAGACCCUGGCCAAGAUUUUCACUUUGGCUCCUCUGCUGCCAGCCAGCCUGAGUCUGAGUCUGUGGUUGCAGCCCUCCCCCCAGAGCAUCAGUUUUCAUUUAUGGAAAAGCGUAAUCCAUGGCUGGGAUCUCAGCUUUCAGCAGCUUCUCCUGACACUGGCCAUGACUCAGACAAUUCAGACCAAAGUUUACCUAAUGCCUCAGCAGACUCCUCAGGCAGUGGCCAAGAGACAGUGCCACAGCUACAGUUCCACAGGAACCGAGCAGCCCCAGAUUUGCCAACGAUAGACACAGGAUGUGAUUCCCAGCCCCAGGAUGUCUUGGGCAUCAGGCAGCUGGAAAGGCCUCUGCCUCUCACCUCUGUAUGUUACCCUCCAGACCUCCCUGGCCCACUCAGGUCUAGAGAGUUCCUGCAGUUUGAACCUCAGAGGUAUCCAGCAUGUGCACAAAUGUUACCUCCCCAUCCUUCCCCACAUGCUCCAUGGAACUAUGACUACCAUUGUCCUGGAAGGCCCAAUCACCAGGUACCAUAUGGCCAUGAUUACCCUCGAGUAGCUUACCAGCAAGUGAUCCGGCCCACUCUGCCUGGGCAGCCCCUCCCUGGAGCAACUGUGAGAGGCCUGCACCCAGUCCAGAAGGGCAUGCUAAAUUAUCUCGGCCCACAGAACCCAGAAGAGAGGCCUGCAGGGAGAGACUGUUCCUUUCCAGGGCUUCUGAGGUACCAGGACCAGCUGCAUCAUCAGUCACCUAAUGGCACUGGAGCUCCUGAGGAGUCCUCAGAACAUGCUGCAGAGUUGAGACCACAGGUUCCCCAGGCUCCGUCCCUAGUUGCUGUGCCUAGACCCCCUAGUAACCCUUUAGCCCGAGGAACUCUGAAAAUAAGCAAUUUGCCAGAAGAAUUGCGCAAAGUCUUUAUCACUUAUUCUAUGGACACAGCUAUGGAGGUGGUGAAAUUCGUGAACUUUUUGUUGGUGAAUGGCUUCCAAACUGCAAUUGACAUAUUUGAAGAUAGAAUCCGAGGCAUUGAUAUCAUUAAAUGGAUGGAGCGCUACCUUCGGGACAAAACAGUGAUGAUAAUCGUAGCAAUCAGCCCCAAAUACAAACAGGAUGUGGAAGGCGCUGAGUCGCAGCUGGAUGAGGAUGAGCACGGCUUACAUACUAAGUACAUCCAUCGAAUGAUGCAGAUUGAGUUCAUAAAACAAGGAAGCAUGAAUUUCAGAUUCAUUCCUGUGCUCUUCCCAAAUGCCAAGAAGGUUCCUACCUUCCUCCAACAAGAAGUCUAGCACUCUCACCCUGCCCCGAUCAUCCCUAUCCUCCAGAGGAUGCCCUGGAUACCCCUUCACAUGUCACCUUACCUUGACCAUAAUAAGAAAAAGACGGCUGUCUGAAGAAAUGAUUCAAGCUCUGGUGUAAGUUGGAAAGGAUCACUUGUGCCAAACAGUAUCACAGCAUUUAAGCACCCUAGUUACUCCAGAGGGUGAGGCAGGAAGAUGGAAAAUUUCAGGUCAGGCUGGGCAACUCAGCAAGACCCUAUCAAAAUAAAAUAAUAAAAUAAAAUGGGGGCUGGGAAUACAGGUCAGUACCUGCUCUUCUUCUUAACUCAAUCCUAAAAACUUCACUCAGAUCACACCUUUACUUUAUGCACAGUUUUAACAAGUUCAGUUGCCUGUUUCCCUAACAUUACACAGGUCAGAAAUUGCAAAUUUAGGAUUACAGGAAAGAAGGACUUGAGACUUGCUUUCUGAUGGAAAUGACACCUGACAUUUUGAUAAGGUGGUUUUGACAUGAAAAUAUUUUGAAGAAGCCCGAAAAACAAACAAUUUAAUAUUCAACUUUUAAAAAUUCCAAGUAAUAUUUGAAAAAGCAAUCUAAUUUUCACAUAGAUCAAAUCAAAACAGCCAGCUUCAAUGACUUAAUUCAUGUACUAAGCAAUAAGCACCCCUAAAAAAUCCCUGAUUACAUCACAGUUACAACUGACUUGUUUUUAAAAUAAAGUAUUUAGUCAUCUGGAAAAGGUUACAUUAGGUGUUCUAUGUUUUGUUUAAGAAAGUAGUCAUGUACCUCAUUGGCAAGGUUGCUGUUAUGGCUGUGUCUAGAUGUCCUCCCAAAGGCUCAUGAGGUUGGGCUGGAUUUCGGUUGUAUGACGCUGGGAUUAAAGGUGUAAUACUGGAAUUAAGAGUGUGAUUACUAAAUCAGUCCACUGAUUGGUCUAGCAUAGUUCUCAGUGUGGAUAAUGAGAAAGCCCAUGCUGGGUAUGGGUGUCACCACCCAACAGGCGGGCAGCCUGGAAAGGAAGAGAGAGGCAGGCUGCUGUUGCUGCUUGCUGUUUUACUAUCUCCUGCCUGUUUGCCAUGGACUGUUUCUCCCCUGCAAUGCCCUUAUACCGUGCCACCCUACUUUAGGGCCAGGUGACUAUGAACUGAAACCUCUACAAAC